AAAUAAAAUAAUGGCGAUACUGAAUUAUUUCUGAAAUUGCGUUAGUGAAGUAAAAUAAUUUUAUAAAUGUUUUUUUAUAGUAAAACAUUAAGAAAGUUACUAAGAAAGUGGCCAGGGAGAAAGAUAUUUGGAGUUUAUCGUUUCUUGCCAGUAUUUUUUGUUACCGGUGCUGGAAUUGAAUUUCUUAUGAUCAACUGGCAAGUUGGACAGGUUAAUUUUUAUAAAAUUUAUAAACAAAAACAAAUUCAAGAAAUUGUUAAUCGCAAGCUAGCAAGUGAUCAAAGCAAGAUCACACAGAGCAGCCCAGUCAAUCAUUAA